UCCACUACUGGCCCUGAGGUGACUGUCACUGGAGCUGGAUCCGUUCAAUAGUGGGGUUUACUUAGAUGGACAGUAGAAAGAGAGAGAAGAUGGAGAAGAUGGAGAGAGAGGGAGGGAGUGAGACAGAGGUUGUCGUGUUUGCAAGGGCUCUAGAGGCCAGUCUGGCAGAGAGGCAGGGGGCCCUCCAGCAGAUCGGACUCUCUCUCGCUGGCAUCUCUUCUCUAUUCCAUAUCCCGGGAGUUCCGUUCGGUGGUGCUCCAGUUCCAGCCGCCGGCACUGCCCUCCCCGGACCAGCCACACCACCACUGCCUCCUCUUCCUCGUGGAGCUGCGCAGACUGUUUGCUCUCCUCCUGGCUACCAGACGCAAGCGCUGAAGGCUGCGUUCACGGAGCAGGCGUCUGUGACGGUGGUACAGCAAGACGUCAGCGAAUUCACCCACAAGCUGUUGGAGUGGAUUGAGAUUGCCUUCAAGACUGCCAGUGGUGGAAGUAACAUGUGA